AUGGCACUGAGAUUGUGGGCCUCUUCUACAGCUAAUGCACUGAGAAUCUCUGUUGCCUCCACAGCUCACCUCUCUCCUUCAUUCUCCCUCUCAAGAUCCUUCUCCACUGUUCUAGAUGGGUUGAAGUAUGCAACUUCACAUGAAUGGGUGAAGCAUGAAGGCUCGGUGGCAACUAUUGGCAUUACCGAUCAUGCUCAGGACCAUCUGGGAGAAGUAGUGUUUGUGGACCUGCCAGAAACGGAAAGUUCCGUCAGCCAAGGGAAGAGCUUUGGAGCAGUGGAAAGUGUGAAAGCAACUAGUGAUGUCAAUUCUCCAAUCUCUGGUGACGUUGUUGAGGUUAAUACACAGCUUACUGACACUCCUGGAUUGAUAAACAACAGUCCAUAUGAAAAGGGAUGGAUGAUCAAGGUGAAGCCAAGCAACCCAUCAGAAUUAGAAUCCUUAUUGGGUCCAAAGGAAUACACAAAACUCUGUGAGGAAGAAGCUCAUUAG